CCGCUCUCAUCUGCAAUUUUUAUCAGCAUCAUCAACUGAAGACAAAAACCUGGAGCUGAGGUGACUUUAAGCGACUUUCCACUCGACCAACAACCAGCACAGCUCCCGAGGACACGGCAGGAUGGAAGUCAACAGGGAUGAGGCCUUGCGAUGCCUCGACAUCGCUCGACGCCAUUUAAACUCAGGAAACUAUGCCAGUGCAAGAAAGUUCGGCAACAAGUCUAUUGCACUAUUCCCCACUCCCGAAGCGACCGCAUUUUUGAUCAAAGUCGAUAAGGAAGAGGCCUCCGGUUCACCGGAGUCAGCUUCAUCUUCUACAUUCUCUUCGGCGGAUCCAUCAACUGCAAGCAGCACAAAGAGCUCGCCCAACCCAGGAGCAGGCUCCACCUUUGCUUCAGGGACAGGAUCAUCAUCUUCUGCCAGACCCAACUCUGUCCCUCCGAGACCACGAUCAACGCCUGUAGAUCAUAAGCCUGUGGAUAGAGACUAUACCCCAGAGCAGGCAGCGGCUGUCAAGAAGAUCCGAUCAUCAGGCGGUGACUUUUACAAAGUCUUGGGUAUCAACAAAGAUGCAACAGAUGCAGAGAUUAAGAAGGCGUAUCGCAAGCUUGCCCUCCAGAUGCAUCCUGACAAGAACGGAGCCCCAGGGGCUGACGAGGCUUUCAAAAUCGUCUCGAAAGCAUUCACAGUGCUCAGCGACUCACAGAAGCGCGCCAUCUUUGACCAGCAUGGACCCGAGGAUGGCAGGAGUACAGGCGUUAACUAUGAUCGGGCCUCACCUAUGGGUCCAGGGUUUAGCGGUGGAAUGAAUGGCAUGAGUGGUUUCGGAGAAGAGAUAUCGCCAGAAGAGCUGUUUAACAUGUUUUUUGGCGGUGGCAAUUUUGGUGGCUCCUUCCAUUCAGCAACGUUUGCAGGGCCAGGCUUUGGUACUCGUCAGUUCCGUACACGCACGCAGCACACUCAGCACAGGCAGCAGCGUCAACAUCCACAGCAACAGGCAGGAGCUGGCGGUGGCGAUGGCGUCAGUGGGCUGUCUAGCCUGAUCCAAAUCCUGCCUCUAAUCCUCCUGUUCAUCAUGUCCAUGACGUCCAGCUUCUUCACUGACAGCGAUUCGUCCUCGUCCAGCAGCUCUCCAGCAGCGUCGGAUUUUUCGCUCGGUGCUCAUGGGUCGUACCAAUCAGAACGCUUCACAAGCGUUCACCAUGUACCUUACUUCGUGAAUGAGCGGAAAUUCAGGAAUACGUUUAUGAUACCAGGUCAGGAUCAUGUGGAUCUGAAUCGGAUUGUGGAUGGAAUCCAUGUCCGGAAGAUUCUGACGCAGCUGGAGGAGAAUGUUGAGAACGCGUAUCUGAGAUAUAUGCGAACCGAGUGUGCAAACGAGAAAAAGAGAAAGGAAAUGGCACAUAGUCGGGCGAUGGGAUACUUUGGACCGAAUAAGGAGAGGUGGGAAGCCGCUCAGCGCAUGACGACGCCCAGCUGUGAUGCGAUUCGAGAGAAGUUUGGAAACCAGUAUGUGAGUUAGGCGGAUCUGCAUUUUUAUUCCUUUGUUUUUUGUUUGGAGAAGACAGGGAAGGCCGGAGGGAGGGCAUGCAGAGCAGCGGCAAUGUAUGGGUCCUCUUUGACUCUAGAGUGAAGAGAGUGGCAUCUGACGCUGCGCAACCACGAACGUGUUGAUUGUUGGACACGACUAUACACUCUUUUUUUAAUAAACAAC